AUGUCGUCCGAGUCAUCAACAGGCCCAGAAAUGUCGGCGACUACCAAGCAGAUGCUAGCCCGUGUGCGGCAAAUGGUGCCGCCCAUGCUGGAGAAAUUCCAUAAAGGACAACUGGGUCGUGUAGCUGUCAUCGGUGGUAGCGAGGACUACACAGGAGCUCCCUACUUCUCCGCCAUGGCGAGUGCGAGACUGGGUUCUGAUCUCUCCCACGUAAUUUGCACUCCCAACGCCGCCCAAGUUAUCAAGACCUACUCUCCCAACCUCAUGGUCCACCCGCUCAUGCGCUCCUCCCCGCUGGCCCUCAGCACCUCGGACUCCGGCAGCUCAUCCUCGCUCACAAAGUCCGCCCCGGACACCGACCCUACCCAGAUAGCCGCCCAGAUCAUCCCCAUGUUCGACCGGCUACACGUCCUCGUCAUCGGCCCCGGUCUCGGCCGCGACCCGAUCAUGCAAGAGACUUGCGCCAAGGUGAUCACGGCGGCGCGCGAGAAGGGAAUUCCCAUGGUUCUCGACGCCGACGCCCUGUUGCUGGUGGUCAAGGACCCGUCCCUCAUCAAGGGAUACGACAACGCCGUCUUGACGCCCAAUGUGGUCGAGUUCGGCCGGUUGACCAAGGCGCUCGGCGUGGACGAAGAGGUGAAGAAGGCUGAGGAGACGGCGGGCGAGACGGCCAAGGUGGAGGCGCUGGCUAAGGCGCUCGGCGGCGUCAUGGUGUUGCAGAAGGGAGCCAAGGACUACCUGAGCGACGGCAAGGUGACGCUGACGGUGGACUUGAAGGGCGGGCUGAAGAGGAGUGGUGGGCAGGGAGACACGCUGACGGGAAGUAUUGCCACGUUUUUGGGGUGGCGGAAGGCGUACCUUGAUGGUCUCUGGGAUCAUGGGAAUAAGCUUAAGAAGGAGGAGUUGAUGGGUUUAGCUGUCUUUGGUGGAAGCGCCAUUACGAGGGAAUGCUCUCGUCUGGCAUUUGCCAAGAAGGGCCGCAGUCUUCAAGCAAGCGAUCUCACAGACGAAGUACACACGGCAUUUUUGAACCUGUUUGGCGAGGUUGACGCGAAGCUUUAG